AUGUCUAGCAACAAUGUGACUGCGACGGCCGCGCCCUCGUCAGAGGCUCCUCCACCCUCGAGCGCCGCCCCGUCCAGUGCAGCACCUGCUCCUUCGAGCGAGGCCGCCGCUCCCUCCAGCCAGGCGCCACCGCCUGCCUCUUCAGCGCCCGCUCCUGCCCCGUCAACCUCACAAGCGCCUCCACCAGCCCAGUCGAGCGCACCACCGCAAUCGUCAGCAGCGCCCCCUCCCGCAGCCACCACCAGCAAUGCCGCACCCAUCGCGACAAGCGUCGUCACUGCUUCGUCGGCACCUCCGUCCACCCAAGUCUUUACCUCGGUCACUGUUGUAACCUCGACCCCGACGGGCCAAGGCGAAACACCCCAGGUCGUCACCGUUACUGCAACUUUCUCACGCACCGACGUUGCCGCUGCGCCAACCAACGGUGCAUCUUCCACUGGUACCGGUGCUGCUGACCCUUCCAACACCGACUCCACUCAGUUGCAGAACGCGCAAAAAGAGAACUCUGGCGGCAUCAGCACUGGCGGCAAGACAGCCAUUGCUGUCGUCAUUCCUGUCGUUGUCGUCGCUCUACUAGUAUUGGGCGGCAUCUUCUUUUGGCGGAAACGCAAACAGCGCAAGAGCGCCGAGGACGAACGUCGCAAAGAGGUCGAGGAGUAUGGCUUCAACCCCAACCACGACCCUACGCUGCCUGCUGUUGGUGGAUUGCAAAUGGCCGAGGAUGACAGCGGCUACCGAGGCUGGGGCAACACCACUACCAGCUCUAACCGCAAGAUGUCAACCACCCUCACCUCUGGCAUGACCUACUCAGACAGCAACAGCAAUCCCGGCGGCUACACCAGCCCACACUCUCCCACCCACGGCGCCUACUCUGACGCUCACUCCAACGAUCCGCUUGUAGACGGCCGUCGCCAGACCAUGGACUCGGACGGUAUCGGUGCUCUCGGUGUUGUCAAUGGCGCUGCAGCGACCAACUCCGCCAACAACCAGGCUGGGGUACACCGUGGACCAUCCAACGCCUCGUCAUCAUACUCGGCAGCCAAUCACUCUGACAACUCUGGCGACUACCCUGGCAUGGCCAAUGGUCACCCGCAAGAGUACUACCAGCAUCAAGAGUACUACCAAAACGGGCCAUAUGCAGGAAAUGACCCAUAUGCCGGCAACCAACAGCCAAUCAUACGAGACGUGUCAGCCCGACGCAACACAAGGAUAGAAAAUCCAAGUGUUUUCCCUCAGCAAGGGAACUCUGGCAUCGCGCAAAACUUCUAG